GCCUCGUUUGCACAAGUUUCUUUUAAUAUUUCCCUUUAUCCCUUUCGUCUCCUUACUUUCCACUUGACCAUAUCUCCUCAAUUGCUUCCUUCCUUUGGCUGGAAUACUUGGUUAGUCUUUUUUAAAAAUAUACAUUUAAUAAUGAAAUCAUAAAACUGAGCGCGUGGAAUGCUCUAAGGGACAUUCCGACGACCGGCAUUCACUGAGCGCGCGAACAAGGCUACGGCAGGAUUUGAUAAACUGGGAGGCGAAUGGGGGAAUUUCUUUGCUGUGUUCCCAAUAUGUUGAAAAGCAAUAAAAUCAAUCAAUCAGUGGUUCCUUUUAGCUUAUUCACAUUGUCUGCAGCCGGGGCCAGGGGACUCAGGACUUAAGCCCCCGCCGUCGGGGCGCAGCUCCUGGGCAGCGAGUGUCGGAGCGCAGCGACCCGCUUCCCUGGCGCGAGCGCGCAAAGGGUUGCGAGAACCGGGCAAAACAAAGUUUUUCGCUGCGUCCACGUGACCCGAGGGCUGCCGGCCAAUCAGAGCCCGAGGAGGCGCUUAUAAAGCGAGCCGAAAGCGGUGCUUCGGGGAGCGUGUUCGGAGGAGGCGGCGAGUGAAGGCAUCCCAUCCGGAGCCAAAGUGGGCAUCGCGGGCAAAGCUGGUCUGGACGGAGCGGUGGAGACAGGCUGAAACUUCUGAUCGGUGAGCUGAGCACUCCAAGGGGGCUUCUCCUCCUCUUCCAGCCCCAGUGCUUGACCUGGAAAACGGGUCAGAUCUUCCUUGCACGUCUGAAUGUGUGCAUGCACGCUUGCCUGCUGAUGGGAAGGACCUUUUUUUGCCUGUGGCCAAUUUGUUUUCUCCUGGUCAUCUUUCUAGGCAAAACAAUUGCUAUUAGAACUUUUUGUUUAAGAGGGAGCUGGUUAUUCCUAACCCGCAAUGAUUAUAUGUUCCACUCACAUUUUUUUUUGCUGCAGAACUGAAAUCAUAGAAUCAUAGCAUUGUAGAGUUGGAAGGGAUCUCAAAGGGUCAUGUAGUCUAACGCCCUGCAAACGUUGGCUGUGUGCGUGUGUAAGCCCUUAUUGAUUUAGAGCAGGUUUGACAAAAAAUGCCCCUGAGCAUGCACAGAAUGCCUUCUAGAUGCCACUCAGAACAAGCCUGGUGGAUGCCUCAGAUCAGCUGUGAGCCUGUCCCUGCUGCACCCCUAUUUUUAAAAAGACCUACCACAUGCUAUGUAAUCAUUUUUAAGAGAGUUUUUUUUUAGAUGGUGCCUUUCCUCAGGGAAUGUGUGAAUGGUUUUCCAUGUAUGCAUAUUCUGGAUGUUCUGUCCUUGCUACAGCCUGCAAGCCUGGUCUUGGGGGAAAUUACAUUUCCCCAGCACAAAAUGAAUUGCUGGUGGGAAGAUGUGGCUGUUGAAGUUAUGAAAUUUUGUGCUCUUUUUGUGUGUGUGUCAUGGGCACAUGUUGGAUGGUGACACAACACAGUCUUCAGGUGAGCACCGAAGUCCUCCUUCCCCCUCCCUGGGUCAUUUUGAAUCCUGGGACAUUUUGUUAUUCUGUGUGUGCCUCCUCCCAGUGCCUUAUGGUUUCCCAGUACUUGUCAGCGCUGAAACAAAUAACCUUGCUUGUACACGCACAAGAUUAUUUCUCACCACCGCAAGGGGAGAUGUGGGGAUAUAAAAAAUGUGGAUCAGGGCCUAAAGUACUCUUGUGCCGCAAUAAAAAGAGAUUAAACAUAUAGGGACAUAUAGAAAAGCCAUCACAGGCUGUUCCCAUUUUAAAUACAGAAUCAUAGAACUGAAGGGUUGUAAGAGGCCCCAAAAGUCAUCUCCUCCAAGCCCGUGCAAUGCAGGAAUCACAGCUAAAUAAGCCGUGAUAGAUGGCCAUCUCAGCUCCCUUUAGAAACCUCCAAGGAAGGAGAGUCCACUACCUUCCAGCUUGUUCUGCUGUCCAACAGCUCUUACCUUCAGCAGGUUCUUCCUAAGGUUUAGCUGGAAUCUCCUUCCUUGUAAUUUAGAUCCAUCAGUUCAGGUCCUACCCUCUGGGGCAGCAGAGAACGAGCUUCUCCACCUUCCCUUCAGAUAUAUGUAGAACGGAAGCAGAUCAUGCGUGUCUCCCCUGAGUUUACUUUAUUUCAUUGCAUUUCUAGCCCAUCCUUUUCUCCAAAGACCUCAAGGUGGCACACAUGUCCCACCCCCAUUUAAUCCCUACAACCACCCUGCGAUGUAGGUUAGGCUGAGGAGCAGUGAUUGAUCCCCGAGGUCGCAUUCAGUGAGCUUCAUGGCCAAGUGAUGAUUUGAACCCUGAUUUCUCAGGUCCUAGUCCAGCACUAACCACUGUACCAUCCUGGCUCUCAGAGCACAAGUUUAGCUUGAGCCUGGCUCUGGCAAUGAGUGUGGGCAGUCUAAGGAGGGGCAGGGUGAGGGUACCCUGCGUAACUUCUCGGUUUCACACCAGUUGGGAAUAUGGUGCCCUUGAGAUGUUGUUGGGACUCCAGCUGGCUUUGGCCCCAGCCAGCUUGGCCAACGGUCAAGGGUGAUGGCAGCCAUCUUUCAGCAAUGUCUGGAGGGACGCAGGUUCCCUACCCUGCAAAAGAGCCCAAGGCUGCAGUCCUAAUGAUGCCCCAGGAGAGGAAUUAUCCUCUGGCCCUCCAGGUGCUCAGAGAAUUGCAGCAUCGGAAGGUACCCUGAGGGCCAUCUAGUCCAGCCCCCUGCAGUGCAGGCAUCACAACUGAAGCAUCCAUGACAGAUGGCCAUACGUUAUUCAGCUUGAAAGUUGAGUUUGGAGGAAUUUCAGUCCUGAAAACACUCCUGAUGUCGAAAAGCAAGUGCAGUUCAACUUCUGCAGUGUUAAGAUGGUGCUAUAACCAUUGGCUUUUUGGUCCCUGAAGUUACUCACAAUGCUGUUUCUCUCCCGCUCUUCUCUUUCUCUCUGCUUGUAUUAGGACACUUAAAUCUAGGAAGAUGAAGGCAGUGUUGCUGGGUAGCCAAAGCAUUAUGUCUCCUUCAGAAAUCCUCCUGGCCAUUGCGCUUUUCUGCCUGCUCCUGGUUGUCAUCAAAUCCUUCCGGCAGCAGAUCCCUCAGGGGCUGAAGCAGCUCCCGGGGCCGAGGGCAUACCCGCUGAUCGGCAACGUCCUGGAGCUUCAGAAGAACCCUCACCUGGCCUUGACUCAGAUGAGCCAGAGAUAUGGAGAUGUGAUGCAGAUCCAUAUCGGCACAAGGCCAGUGCUGGUCCUGAGUGGGCUUGAAACUAUCAAGCAAGCCCUGGUGAAGCAAGGAGAAGACUUCUCGGGGCGCCCUGACCUCUACAGCUUCCAGUACAUUGGGGAUGGCCAGAGCUUGACCUUCGGCAGGGAUUCAGGAGAAGUGUGGCGAGCGCGCAGGAAGCUGGCCCAGAAUGCCCUGAAGGCCUUCUCGGCUUCUGCCAACCCAACCUCCUCCACUUGUCUGUUGGAGGAGCACGUCUCCAAAGAGGCAGACUACCUUGUCAUGAAGUUCCAGGAGUUGAUGGAUGAGAAAAAGAGCUUUGACCCCUACCGGUACCUUGUGGUCUCUGUGGCCAACGUAAUCUGUGCCAUGUGCUUCGGAAAGCGUUAUAACCAUGAAGACCAGGAACUGCUCAGUCUGGUGAACCUGAACAAUGAGUUUGGGGCGGCGGCUGCUUCCGGGAACCCGGCAGACUUCAUCCCUGUCCUCCAGUAUCUUCCCAGCCGCACCAUGAAGGCCUUCAAGGACCUCAACCAGCGCUUCACUGCAUUUGUGCUGAAGAUAGUUAAGGACCAUUACACGAGCUUUGACAAGGUUUGUUUGUGUGUGUGAACCAUUCAGUUUGGAAAGUUUCAUCCUUGAUUUCUGGCAUGUAUUCCUGGACCGUCACCAACACGGUAGAAGACCAACCAGGGCAUUGCAAUGACUUGCUUGCCCAUAAGCUGCUGCAGGGAUAGGCGACAGGGUGCCCUUCACCUGCCAUGGUCCAACAACAUCUGAACAAGUACCAUGCUGCCCACCCAGACUUUAAAAGAUUGUAUUUGUUGACGAAGCCGUAGAUCUCCACACGGUAGAUACACCAGAUUGCAUGUCAAUGUGUGGUUUAACACUUGCAAAGGAAGCUAUGUGGUGCCUGGGUAACUGGCCCAUGCAGAAUAGGAACCACAACAUGAAAUUUAACCCAUAUUAUCACAUCUGAAUUACAUCCCAUGUAUCAGCUAUGGAACAGGGUGGUGUCUACAGGGUUGCAGAUGGUCUCCCAUGCAGGCAGUGUCUAGACCUCGACCUGCUUAGCUCUAGGAAGACUGGUAUGCCUUGAAGCAACCUGCAGCCAGGAGAGCUACAAUGAGCUCUUGUACUUGUAGCUUAUUCUGUAACAGCUCAUGGUAGACCACACGCUUUGCUUGCAGAAGGGUCAAUCCUUGGUGAUCCUAGCAAGAGGAUCAGGAAGCAGGUGAUGGGAGAGACAUCUGCCAGACACCCUGGAAAAGUGCUGACAGAGCAGGCAACAGUGGGCUAUUUGUUUAUUUUAUUUAUUAAAUUUAUAUACCAGCCUUCAUCCAAGGACCACAGGGCACUUUACAGUAAAAAAACACAAAAAUACACAGCAUAAUAACAAUCAAAACAACAUCCCCCAUAGUUUAAAAGGCCAGAUUGUUUAAUUAGCUAAAGGCCUGUGAGAAGAGGAAUGUUUUUGCCGAGUGCCUGAAGGUAUGUAGGGAAGAUACCAGGUGAGUCUCAAUAGACAGGUAGCCUGACCUGAUAUAAGGGAGUUUUAUAUGUCUGUCUCCUAACUGACCGGGAUUGGCUCUGCAGGAAGACAGUUAUCUUCUGAAUUUGUAUUUCAGGAGAACAUCCGAGACAUUACUGACUCCCUGAUCAACCACUGCGAAGAUAAAAAACUGGAUGAGAAUGCAAACAUCCUGCUUUCGGAUCAGAAGAUUGUCAAUAUCGUCAGCGAUCUUUUUGGAGCUGGUAAGAAUCUGCUAAUCUAGAGAGGACCUUUCAACUGUCUUCUCCCUCCUCCACCUCCCAUUGAAGUUAUCGUGCACGCUGCUUAGCAUAAGAGAUUUGCUGGAUCAGGCCAAAAGCCUAUCUAGUUACAACCAUUGGUCAUUAUCAUUUGAUACAAUGUUCACACCAAUUCACCAAAUACAAGAACCGUAAACCGGGUGGUGCUGUGGGCUAAACCAGAGCCUAGGACUUGCCAAUCAGAAGGUCGGUGGUUCGAAUCCCCACAACGGGGUGAGCUCCCGUUGCUCGGUCCCUGCUCCUGCCAACCUAGCAGUUCGAAAGCACAUCAAAGUGCAAGUAGAUAAAUAGGUACCGCUCCGGUGGGAAGGUAAACUGCAUUUCCGUGCACUGCUCUGGUUCACCAGAAGUGGCUUAGUCAUGCUGGCCACAUGACCCGGAAGCUGUCUGCGGACAAACGCUGGCUCCCUCGGCCUAUAGAGCGAGAUGAACGUGCAACCCCAGAGUCGGUCACGACUGGACCUAAUGGUCAGGGGUCCCUUUACCUUUUUUUAAACCAUAGCUUCAGAUCUCCGAUCCAUUUUGUGAAGUAAUGCAUUGGCUCUCCUGUCUCUGUAUCUUAACAACUAAUUCAGAGUCAGCACGGUUUUGAUACCUCAGUACAGAGAAUAGAAUCUUGGAAUUGGGCUCCUAGACGAUGUGUUGCAUUAAUGUUCAAUAGUUUUGCACCUGAUGCUGAAUAUUUCCCCACUUGAUCCCUGUCUAGGUUUUGACACAGUCACCACUGCUCUCUCCUGGUCCCUCAUGUACCUGGUGACGUUUCCAGAAAUCCAGAAGAAAAUGCAGGAAGAAAUAGGUAAACCCAGGCACUCCUAAUUCAAGCGUUUCUUAACUGUGUUUGCCCAAGGCUAAAUUUGAAUCCAUCUUACUUUCUGCCUCUUUCCGGAAACUGCAGACCAAACCAUUGGCAGAGAAAGGAAGCCCAGGCUGUCAGAUCGUUCCACGUUGCCCUACACAGAAGCUUUCAUCCUGGAAAUGUUUAGGCAUUCCUCCUUCCUGCCUUUCACAAUCCCUCACUGGUAAGGCUCACACAAUGCAGGAUAGGCAAUUGAACAGUUUUGGCCUGGUAUAUUUUAUUAUUAUUAUUACUAUUUCCCAUCUUUCCUCCAAGGAGAUCAAGGUGGUGUACAUAGUACUCCCUGCUCCAUUUUAUCCUUGCAAUCCUGUACCCACUUACCUGGGACUGGGAAUGAAGUUGAUAGGAUAUACGGUACUUCCAGACAGGCAUGUAUAGGAUUGUACCAUUAGCAGCUGAAAAGAUGAUCCAUCAAUAGUGUCAGCUUGUAAAUCUGCCCUGUCUCCUAACUUACUGCUUGACUUCCUCCAUGCUUGUUUGAACUCAGCUUUCCUAAAUCAUCUUGCUUUGAAUUAAGUUUAAUUAUACUUUAUUCCAGAGACAUACAUGCUUUAGGAUUGCAGCUAUUUUUACAUUCAGCCCAUGCCACCUUUAUCACAUAAGAACUAAACACCUGCAGCUUCUUGCGCAUGUAUAAAUUGUGUUCUGGUUUCUCUCCUUGUAGCACAACCAGGGACACAGCACUGAACGGCUUCUACAUCCCGAAGGAUCUCUGCGUCUUCGUCAACCAGUGGCAAGUCAACCAUGAUCCGUAAGCAUCUCUGGAACCCGCUUUGUAAUGCAUGGAGUAGAGCUACCGUAUUCCAGUUUGCCCCAAAUAAACGGUUUUGAUUCUCAGUGCAAAUCCUGCAUCCCUGAGAUACUUGGCUCUGGAUGGAAAGGCUGAGGCUGUAACCCAAUGGUGUCGAACCUCAGCCCUCCCAGCCUGGCCCUCUGCACCCCCCAUCUGAGUUCUCCCUGGCUGGAUCGUGUCAUUGUGUGCAGAAACUAGCCUACUUAUAAAUGUUACAUUAAUUAUUCUUCCCACUUUUGUCCUAGCCAUCAGUGGCAUGAAGCCCCUGGAAGGCUGUCCACGAGGAAAUACAGCCCACAGGCCAAAAAGAGAGGCUUCCAUUCCCCUGCUAUAACUCUUCCCAGUUUCAAGCAGCUGGAUUUACUAUUGGAGACACCAAAAUGGGUGCUUUCUCCAAACCUCAUAUGAAAUGAGAGUCUAACCCAGGGAUGUCCAAAGCCCGUUUUUGGAGCCUAAUCUGGCCUACUGGUCAGUUUAAACUGGCCAUUGUGGCAGUUUAUUUCUUGGGGUAAACUCCUAAAAAAACCUCAACAACUUCAAUCCUAAAAAAAAAGCUCAACAACUUUGGUUGGCUCUCACGGCCCUUCACUUCAUCAAUUCUGGCCCUCUUUGAAAAAAGUUUCGACACCAGUGGUUCCCAAAAUGGGGCAGUGGAACUCUAACCCAGUGGUUCCUUGGGGAAUUACCUGGGGGGCACCAAGAGGCAAAUGGGGGCACCGGAGGUGUAAAUGACAGAGUUGGAAAAACUGGCAUCACUGGAUCAAGUUCGUUUUUGUUGAAUUAAUGAAACUGAACAGUUUUAAUUGUAUUUUGAAUAAAUGUGCAGUUAAUUGUUACUGUUCUGAAUUUUAUUGUGUGGCUUGUGCAAACCACUAUUCUGAAUAAUGCUUUUUGGAGGGUAGGGCAGGGGCCACUGGGGAAGUGUUUCUGGAACCAAGAGGGUGGGGCCCCACAAAAAGUUUGGAAACCGCUGGUCUAAAACACCUGCUCUUUGCCUCUCCAGGAAGCUUUGGCGAGAUCCUUCUGCCUUCAACCCAGAACGGUUUCUCACAGCUGACGGGACGGGAGUAAACCGAGCAGAGAGCGAAAAGGUUCUGACAUUUGGUCUGGGCAAGAGGAGGUGCAUUGGAGAGAACGUUGGCAAGGGCGAAGUCUUCCUUUUCUUGACUACCAUCGUUCAGAAGCUGGAGCUGAGUGUGUGCAGCGGGAAGACAGUGGACUUAACCCCUCAGUAUGGACUCACAAUGAAACACAAGGAGUGUGAGCAUUUCCAGAUUAGACAGCGUUUCUAAGAACCAGUGGUGGCAUCUGGGAGCAAAGAAAGAUUGGGAUGACCGGGGAGGAGGGAUUCCUACCCUGCCGUAUCUGUAGCUUGACUUAGGAGUGGGUUGGUCACCCAGGCUGAACCGUGGAUUGAGGCUGUAUCAAAAUAACAAAAGUGGGCAAAUUAUAUAGGUUGGGUAAUGGCAUGAGGCACUGUAAUCAUUUUCAUUUAAGUGACUUGAAACCAAGUAUGCCCUAGGUGGGCUUGUAUGGCAUGGAAUAACUUCUCCGAUUUGACCAUAAUACUGUGGUGGCUUUGGUCAUACACUAAGACUUCACUGGAAGAGUCUUUCUAGGAUGCAGACAAGUAACUGAGAGGUUAUCAUGCUUGUUGUACGAACAUACAUUUAAGAGGAAGUGGAUAGGCAUGUAUGUACCCAUCAAAUGUUGCUUCCUGAAGGCCUUGUUAAAAGGGGCAGUGGAUUCACACUUUUAUAAACCUUUACUACUAACAGAACAUUGUAACCAGAUAAUCACACUUAUAUAUACUAAUAGCAAACUCAGCUUCACACUGUGAGUCCUUACAUAGCAAAAUGGCACCAGCCAUGCCUAAGAUGAGAAGAACUAGCAAGCUUGGGUUUGGGAUCAAGAGUUUGCAAAAAUAACACAAACUUUAGGAAAAUCCUUGAUGAAUCCACAGACAGACAAACGAGAACAGUGUCUGAUCAGUAGUCACAGAACUUUGACAGCACGUUGAAAAACUAGGAAGGAGAAACAAAGGGAAUAUCCUUGAAAACUUCAGGAAUAUACAGUGGUGCCUCGCAAGACGAAAGGAAUUCGUUCCGCGAGUCUUUUCGUCUUGCGAAGCACGGUCCGUCGCAACUGCGCCUCUUCAAGCAGCUUUAAAAAAAAGCACAAGACGUUUUCGUCUUGCGAAGCAAGCCCAUAGGGAAAUUCGUCUAGCGAAGCAACGCAAAAACGGAAAACCCUUUCGUCUAGCGAGUUUUUCGUCUUGUGAGGCAUUCGUCUUGCGGGGCACCACUGUACUUUAAAGUGCAACAUUUUGUUGUGGGUCUCACUUGUGUUUACUAAAUGCAAGUUGUGCUUCAUGAAUCAUUCUCAUAUAGUUAAGUAUUAUGAUGCUGUACACUGAGAAACUCAAUAGUAAAGAAAUUAAAUGUAAUGGUGGUAUAUACAGGAAAUCUGUUUAUGGGGCUAUCUAUAGAGACAUAAGGGACAGAAAGGGGACUUGGUCACAGAACAUCUCUACAUCUCUUGUCUUCCUUGAAAUCCCUUUUCCCCUGCAGGCACUUUUGAUGUGAAAACGGUAGUCUGAUCUGACUUCCCUUCAGUUAGGGGUGAGGACUAACUAUGUGUGGCUGCCAAACUCUAGGCAGGGACUAUAUGUGUACAGUGCUGUGUAUAUUGAUGAUGUAUAAAUAAAAAUAGCUUUCUACAAGAAUUUCA